AUGUCAAAUAAUGUGAUUAUUAAGAAAGAUAAUCCAAGGGCCUUCUCCAUUCCUUGUACCAUUGGGGUAUAUCUGUUCUCUAAGGAACUUUGUGACCUAGGAGCAAGUAUCAAGUUGAUGCCCUUAGCUAUCUUCAAAAGGCUUGGGUUAGAUGCUCUGAAUCCAAUAACAAUGCGGCUCUUGAUGGCUGAUUGGCCUAUCAAACGAUUGAUAGGUGUGCUUUAUGAUAUCUUGGUAAAGUUGGAUAAGUUCAUUUUCUUUGAUGAUUUUGUUGUGUUGGAUUGUGAAAUUGAUGUCGAGAUCCUAAUUAUCUUAGAGAGACCUUUCUUGGCUACCAAAAGGGCCUUAGUGGAUGAUGAAAGUGGAGAGUUGAAGUUUGGAGUGAACAACAAAGAGGUCAAUUUUAAUGUGUGCAAGUCUAUGAAACACCCAUGCGAUAUGCAUGUCGUAUCUUAUGUUGAUGUUAUUGAUGAUGAUGUGGCAAGUGUUAGUGAAAUUACUUGUCAUGGAGAGUUGUUGGCGGUUGUAUUAUUGAAUUAUGAUGGGGAGGAGAUCUGUGAUUAUGAUGAGGUAGUCGUUGCACUUGUGGGGUCGGGUUCCUUUCCAUCCAACCCCAAGAAACUUGUUAUUGAUUUUAAGAAUAGGAAAAGUCCAUCAAUUGAAGAACCCCCAAGGUUAAAGUUGAAAGCCUUGCCUUCUCAUCUUCGCUAUGUGUUUUUAGGAGGUAAAAACACCUUGUUAGUUAUUGUUGCAAAUGAUUUAUCGGAGGAACGGGUUGAUGCAUUGAUUGGGGUGCUAAAAAGGUUCAUCAAAGCAUAG